UCAGGUGUUGCGGCGGUUCCACGUCGCCAGGCGGUCCGCGGCUUCCGUGAGCUCAGGCUUCCCUCAGCGUCCGGAGCGCCGGCCCUUCGGCUCCCGCGCGGCCAUGGCGGGGCCGGGCCCGGGCGCGGGGGACCCGGACGAGCAGUACGAUUUCCUGUUCAAGCUGGUGCUGGUGGGCGACGCGAGCGUGGGAAAGACGUGCGUGGUGCAGCGCUUCAAGACGGGCGCUUUCUCGGAGCGCCAGGGCAGCACCAUCGGCGUCGACUUCACCAUGAAGACGCUGGAGAUCCAGGGCAAGCGGGUCAAGCUGCAGAUCUGGGACACGGCUGGCCAGGAGCGAUUCCGCACCAUCACCCAGAGCUACUACCGCAGUGCCAACGGGGCCAUCCUCGCUUACGACAUCACGAAGAGGAGCUCCUUUCUGUCAGUGCCUCACUGGAUCGAGGAUGUGAGGAAGUACGCAGGCUCUAACAUCGUGCAGCUGCUGAUCGGGAACAAGUCGGACCUGGGCGAGCUCCGCGAGGUCCCACUGGCCGAGGCGCAGAGCCUGGCGGAGCACUACGAUAUCCUGUGCGCCAUCGAGACGUCUGCCAAGGACUCGAGCAACGUGGAGGAGGCCUUCGUGAGGGUGGCCACGGAGCUGGUGGUCAGGCACGGCGGCCCCCUGCUCAGUGAGAAGGGCACCGACCACAUCCAGCUGGAUAGCAAGGACGUCGGAGAGAGCUGGGGCUGUGGCUGCUGACCGGGGUGCAGGGCAGGCAGGCAGGGGCCUCCCCACCUCCUCUCUCUCUCUCUCUCUGGCCUGCCGGGCCCACCCCUCCAGAGCUGGCCAUCCAUGAUGCCAGCCAUUCUAGAGCAGCUGGAUAAAGUCCUGGAAUUAUCCAU